CUAUGAAUUUUUUACUAAUAUUCAAUUCCUUUUUGAAGUAAAUGAAGAUGACGGGCGGAAACCUUGACGUUAAUAAUGUGAUCGAAAGACUUCUUGAAGUUCGAGAGCAGCAGCCUGGAACUUCUGUUUCUCUUAGUGAAGAUGAAGUGAAAGCUUUAUGCUUUAAAGCACGUGAGAUUUUUCUAAGUCAGCCAAAUUUGCUGGAGCUCGAAGCUCCUAUAAAAGUUUGCGGAGAUAUUCAUGGCCAAUACUACGAUUUGCUACGGCUCUUCCAAUACGGUGGAUUCCCGCCAGAAGCGAAUUACUUAUUCUUGGGCGACUAUGUUGAUCGAGGACAGCAGAGCUUAGAAACUAUAUGUCUGUUAUUGGCUUAUAAAAUAAAAUAUCCGGAAAACUUUUUUUUACUGAGAGGAAACCACGAAUGCGCUUCGAUUAACCGUAUUUACGGUUUCUACGAUGAGUGCAAAAGACGCUACAGCGUGAAGCUCUGGAAAAUCUUUACCAGCUGCUUUAAUACACUUCCCGUAGCGGCUAUUAUAGAAGAGCGGAUUUUCUGUUGCCAUGGCGGACUGUCGCCCUCUCUUUUGAAUAUGGACGACAUCCGGAAUAUUGUCCGUCCCACUGACAUCCCCGAAAAGG